AUGGGAUUGAUGAAUUCGGCCAUCUUGAUUAGUUGUACUUUCUCAGGCUUGAAACACUUAGAGAGAGGGAAUAAAAACAAAGUUCAGGCAAGGUGCAGUAAGGGCUGUAUAAAGAACAAGAGAAAGAGAAGAGAAGUGACAAGAGAUGUUGGAGACCAAGAGGAAAGUACAAACAAAAUCAUUCUUACAGUUGGACCAGUAGUGUUCGAGGCGGCAAAAGAAGACGAACCACUCGAUCACCAGCCAAGUCAAAGUAAACAAACAGCUCUGAUCGGUGGUGUGGCAGGCGCUGGAGGAUUUGGUCUGGUCGCAAUUGUAGCUCUGGUUGUUUUGUUAGUCAAGUUCCGUAGGAUGCAGCGGUUACAAAACAGCAAGAAUGACGAGAGAGCUGGAUACACCAUCCUGCUUACACAAGUGAAAGGAAAACAAAGCAGUGUUUAAAACGAUUACAGUGUUAAAUGACUAAUGGUAGCUUCAAUUGUUUGCUAAAUUGCCUCUGUGUAGCUUGGAUGUUUUGAAUUUAUAGCCUAUUUGUCACUUUUCAGAGGGAACAUAUUUGUUUGCGUAGUUCCAUAUUGUAGAGUGCGUGAAAACGAACAUUGGUUUCACCUAGGGCUCAUCGUUAUUUCGAAGGUGUCCUACAGACGCUUAGCAAGUAUAGCAGUAUGUAUUAGUCAAACCUUUUAAUUUUGAGCAUAUACAGAGAUCAUAUAUAAUCGGCUAUCAGUAAUAGUACUCAUAAUAACUUUUCCAAAGUUUUUUUGUAUGUCUAACAUGGUUUUGUUAACAUUGUUAAAGUAGAGAAAUGAUAUACCGCUCUGCUGCAAUUUUGCAAAAA